AGUUCGUGUCUUUUUUGGAGAAAAUUUUUAAUCCACUUCGAGGCGAGAAGGAGACCUCAUACAGCUCCUCUUUCCUCCCGUUUUUCAAUGGAAAUCCGUGAUUCGUUGACGAAUUGUUGUGCAAAUUGAAUAAGAGCCAAGAAAGUGUUCGACCCGAGUGAAGGGGGACUUGGAGUACCAGGACGUAAGAAGGCUGUGUAUCGGUGUGAUGUAUGCUACCAGACAGUUAACCAGCACAGCGUUCAGGAGGACCUGUUGGUGUGCCACAGGUGCUCAGCCAGAGCACACCCUAGCUGCAUGGGCUACAGUGCCGAGUUGGCCGUGCGCAGCCGGUUAGGGCCAUGGACCUGCAUGGACUGUAAACAUUGCGCCAUUUGUAAUAUGGACCAUAAUAUUGGAACCCUUAUAUUCUGCGAUGAGUGUGACCGCGCCUACCACCUGACCUGCCAUCAGCCACCCCUUAGUGAACAGCUCCAAGGGUCCUGGAUUUGUUACGCUUGUUCACCUCAGUCUGCGCAGAAUUCCUAUGACUGUUUGCCUGGACUGCCCAUGCCCAGAGACUCCCCUGUACCUGAUGAUGAGAGCCGUGGUUCCAGUGGUUCCUGGGACAACAAUAUUUAUGACCCAGAGAUCCCGAAUGUAACACACUGGACUGUGGACCAAAUUAUAGAGUACUUUGAUGAGAAGGGCUUCAAAAGCUUUUCUGACGUCUUCAGAGAACAGGAUAUUGAUGGCACAGCACUGCUGAUGCUGACCCGUUCCGACGUGCUAAUGGGGCUGAACCUGAAGCUGGGUCCUGCCCUCAAGAUAUACAGACAAAUCCGAAUCCUUCAGACUCGACUAACUAAUCCUCCCUUGCCAUAAAUAUAUAGAGUGUAGGUCUAUAUCUUCUUUGUUAUGUGUAAGAACUCCACUGUGGUAAAAAUGUGAUCUCUGUAAACUUUUUUUUUUCUUUCGUUUUAAGAUACAUCUUUGGUAUUAUCUCUUAUAUCUCUUAUCUAAAAUUGCAUUAUUAUAUUGUAUUUCUUCUUUCUUUAUAUUAAUCUAUUUAUGAUUUCUUCUCUCUUCUUUUCAUUCUUCCUCCAUUGGCUGUCAGGGUGAUUUGCAUUCCUUCUUGGAAUGGAAAAAAAUGGAAAAGAAAUGGCGAUUUGUCACUUUACUUUCUUUUGUUUUUUGUACCUCGAGGACAUAGUAAAAGAAUAUGUAUAUAUUAUAUUUUAUAGUAUACGCUUUACAUCUGGCUGAUCUUUGGACAAGAUUCAUGCUAUCCUUGUUGUAAAGGAUUGGCAUGGGUCUGUGCACGUCAUUUUCAUGUUCUCAUCUCGUUACAUUGUUGUAAUUGGCAUCUCCCCCUCCCCCCAUUUGUGAGGAGAAGGACUGUCAAAUUUCGCUGCCAUUUGUAAAUUUUUUCACAAGUUUCUCCCGUUGUGAUCUUUCAUAUCAUGUAGAAUAAUCUCGCUCUUUCUCUGCUGUUAUUUUGCCUAAGUUUUUGUCAUUUAUGGUCUGAAUUUUUUUUUUUUCUCUAUCUAUAUGUGAAUGUCAAGUUAUUGGACUUUUUUUAUUUGUAAUUUAUAUUGUAAUAAAAAUUGAAGAUUUGGGAAUAUUCCAUUAGCUUUAUUUUAAGCAGUAAUUUAUAGUGGAUAUCUGCUUGUCCUUAAUGCAUUCUGUAGAUCUUUAAAUUUUUAUUAUUUAAAAGAUUGUAAUUUUUUUUUCAAUUUAUGAAGAGAUCUGAAAAUACUUGUGUGUAAUUUUUGUGAAUACUAAUUGUCUAUGAGAUGUUUUUUGUAAUAUUUGGAUUUUUAUGAAACUGAAAGGCUUUGA